AUGGAGGAUCCUUCUAAGGCGAAAUCAAGCCAAUGCCCGCCUUCAGCCAACCCGAGUCCGACGCCGGCGCCAUUUCGUGGUCCGUUCCACCGGCGAGCGCAUUCGGAGGUCCAGUUCCGUCUCCCUGAAGAUCUGGAUCUCUCUGAACCCUUCGGCGGAUUCGACGAGCUUGGAUCCGAAGAUGACCUCUUCUGCUCAUACAUGGACAUUGAGAAACUUGGAUCCGCAUCCGGAUCCGCUUCAGAUUCGGCUGGACCAUCCGCACCUAGGUCCGAUAACCCGUUCUCCGCUGAAAACGGAGGCGUAGCGGCUGGGAAUUCGAGACCUAGACACAGGCACAGCCUCUCCGUCGAUGGGUCGUCGACUUUGGAAUCAAUCGAGGCCAAGAAAGCAAUGGCUCCUGAUAAACUCGCCGAGCUUUGGGUCGUCGACCCCAAGAGAGCUAAAAGGAUAAUCGCUAAUCGACAGUCUGCUGCUCGUUCGAAAGAGAGGAAGGCUCGGUAUAUUAUAGAGCUUGAGAGAAAAGUCCAGACUUUGCAAACCGAAGCUACUACACUCUCAGCACAACUCUCUUUGUUUCAGAGAGACACAACUGGUUUGUCAUCUGAGAAUACAGAGCUCAAGCUUCGUUUACAGGUCAUGGAACAACAAGCUAAGUUGCGAGAUGCACUCAACGACCAGCUGAAAAAGGAAGUUGAGAGGCUGAGAUUCGCAACGGGAGAAGUCUCUGCCGCUGAUGCAUACAACCUCGGGAUGGCACACAUGCAGUACUCUCAACAGCAGCAACCAACACAACAAUCCUUCUUUCAACAUCAUCAUCAUCAGCAACAAACCGAUGCUCAAAACCUUCAACAAAUGACUCACCAGUUCCAUCUCUUCCAGCCCAACAACAACCACCAAAACCCUAACAUUAACUCAUCAGCCUCUCGUCACCAAAACCCUCAGCUUGUGCAUCACGCUAAUUCAGAGGCAAUGCGUGAAGACCCUCUUGGCCGGUUACAGGGGCUUGACAUUAGCAGCUGUGGCAGAGGCUCCAACUUUGGUAGGUCUGAAACCGUCAGUGAGAGUAGCAGCACAAUGUGA